UUAUCAUCAAUCCUCAAAUACAACAACAGUGUACCUCGCAAAUAAAUCAAGACCAAACGCGCCCACACCACAACACAACACAACACAAGACACACAUUUUCGCAGAAGCGUCCACCACACGGAACCUCCCAAUUCCUUCACCUCUAAAUUAAUACUUUUCCCCGCAGAAACAAAACACUCUCCAAAGCCAACAAGAAGAAGAAGAACAAAGGACGAUGUCGGUGAAGGAGUGCGAGCACCACAAGGGAAAAAAGAGGAAGAUCUUCCAGCGAAUAUUCUGGGGCAUAGUGGUGUUCCUCUUCAUCGUGCUGGUGACAAUCCUCAUCAUAUGGGCCAUCCUUAAGCCAACGAAGCCCACCUUCAUCCUCCAAGACGUCACCGUUUACGCCUUCAACGCCACCGUUGCCAACUUCUUAACAUCCAACUUCCAAGUCACGCUUUCCUCGCGCAACCCCAACGACCACAUCGGAGUCUACUACGACCGCCUCGACACCUACGUCACUUACCGGAGCCAGCAGGUCACCUACCGCACCGCCAUCCCCCCCUCCUACCAAGGCCACAAGGAGGUCGACGUUUGGUCGCCGUUUGUCUACGGCACCAACGUCCCCGUCGCCCCCUUCAACUUCUUGAGCCUCAGCCAGGACCAGACUAACGGUAACGUCCUCGUCACCAUCAAAAUUGACGGCAGGGUCCGCUGGAAGGUCGGCGCCUUCAUCUCCGGCCGCUACCACCUCUACGUCCGCUGCCCCGCCUUCAUCAACUUCGGCCCCGCCAACAACGGCAUCUCCGUCGGCAAAGACGCCGUCAAGUAUCAGUUAGUCCAACGCUGCUCCGUUAGCGUCUAGACAUCACGAUAAAUGCUAGUAACACAUUUUCUAACACAUACUUUUUGUCGUCGGUUAUUAUCAUCACUCCAAAGAAUCAAUCAAUUAGUGACCGAAUUUAGUGACAAAAAUACUUUGCCGUCACUAAUACCGUCACAAAAAUUUAUGUUUCUCUCUCAUGAUUUUUAAUAAAUUUAAACUAAUAAUAAUUUUAAAAGUGUUUUCCAAACAUGUUAAAAAAUGGUUGCUAGCACUUUUCGUAUAUAGUCUCUACUCGGAUCCAUUGUAUUUUUAUACGUACUUUUUUUUUUUCUGUUGUGGUAAUUCUACGUGUAUGUAAUGGUCGUUAGAUGUUUGUAUUUUAAUUACGUUUUGCUAUAGCGAAAGAGUCAAUAUAUAGCAAAAUUACAAGAUGCAACGUGGAGAUUAAGUGUAAUUGAGCUACGAUGGCAAUAAAAUUUCUUGUUUCAUUUUGGUUACCAAA